AUGAGAACGGAAAGGAUUCAGAGAAGCCCCACGACAACUGAAAGGAUUCAGAAAAGCCCCAGGAGAACAGAAAUAAUUCAGAGAAGCCCCAGCAGAACUGAAAAGAUUCAGAGAAGCUUCAGAUUCAGAGAAAGCUCAAGACAACUGAUAGGAUUCAGAGAAGCCCCAGGAGUACUGAAAGGAUUCAAAGAAGCCCCAGAAGAACUGAAAGAAUCCAGAGAAGCCUCAGGAGAACUGAAAGGAUUCAGAGAAGCCCUAGGAGAACUGAAAGGAUUCAGAGAAGCCUCAGGAGAACUGAAAGAAUUUAGAGAAGCCCCAGGACAACUGAAAGGACUUCGAAAAGCCUCAGGACAACUAAAAGGAUUCAAAGAAGCCCCAGGAGAACUGAAAGGAUUUAGAGAAGCCCCAGGAGAACUGAAAGGAUUCAGAGAAGCCUCGAGAGAACUGAAAGGAUUCAGAGAAGCCAGAGGAGAACUGGAAGAAUUCAAAGAAGCCUCAGGAGAACUGAAAGGAUUCAGAGAAGCCCCAGGAGAACUGAAAGGAUUCAGAGAAAACCAAGGAGAACUGAGAGGAUUCGGAGAAAGAAGCCCCAAGAGAACUGAAAGGAUUCAGAGAACCCCAGGACAACUGAAAGGAUUCAGAGAAGCCCCAGGAGAACUGAAAGGAUUCAAAGAAGCCCCAAGACAACUGAAAGGAUUUAGAGAAGCCCCAAGACAACUAAAAGGAUUCAGAGAAGCCCCAGGAGAACUGAAAGGAUUCAGAGAAGCCCCAGGAGAACUGGAAGGAUUCAGAGAAGCCCCAGGAGAACUGAAAGGAUUCAGAGAAGGAUCAGGAGAACUGGAAGAUUCAGAGAAGCCCUCAGGAGAACAGAAAGGAUACAGAGAAGCCCCAUUAGAACUGAAAGGAUUCAAAGAAGCCUCAGGAGAACUGAAAGGAUUCAGAGAAGCCCCAGGACAACUGAAAGGAUUCAGAGAAGCCCCAGGAGAACUGAAAGGAUUCAGAGAAGCCUUAGGAGAACUGAAACGAUUCAGAGAAACCUCAGGAGAACUGAAAGGAUUCAGAGUAGCCUCAGGAGAACUGAAACGAUUCAGAGAAACCUCAGGAGAACUGAAACGAUUCAGAGAAACCUCAGGAUCUCCAGGAGAACUGAAACGAUUCAGAGAAACAUCAAGAGAACCUUGA